AUGAAGGUCAAGAAGAACAAGACGUGGCAGAUGGGCCUGAGAUACUUCGAGGAGUUUGUAAAACGCAACUUCAAUGAGGACGAGCACCAGGAAGUGAAUGUGCCGUUUCCCGGUCUGCCCGACGAUGAAGAGGCGGGGUUGGACUGCGGCUUCAUGGUCAUGUCGGCUGCGGAGAUCAAGGAUAUAUUUGAACCGGUCGUCAAAGAAGUAUGCGACCUUGUUCAGGGUCAGGUCACUGGCAUCCGGUCCAAGGGUGGCGUCGUCUCAGGUAUUGUGCUGGUGGGAGGAUUCGGCCAGAGUGACUACCUCUACCGAAAACUCAAGGCCCAUUUCACUAGCGCCGCGCCACCACCGUACACCGAAAGACCUACUCACGGUAGCGUGACCGCGCUGCAGGAGACGAGCUCGAUCGAGGUGAUGCAGCCAGUGUACGCCUGGACGGCCGUUGUCCGAGGAGCAGUUCUGCGAGGGCUAGAGGGUAACAUGGUGAUAUCCCGUAAGGCGAGAUACCACUACGGCACUUCGUACGCAACAGUGUACGAUGAAGAGAAACAUUCGGUCAGCGAGCGUUAUUGGUCACCGCUAUGGGAGCGUUGGAUGGUGUCGGACCGUAUGCAGUGGCACAUUGCAAAGGGAGAGGCAAUAUCGCCCUUGUCGCCUAUCGCAUUCCACUAUACUCGAAACUUCAGGCCCGGGCAGUCAUUACUGGUGACGGACGACUUGAUUGCUUGCGAAGCGGACGAUCCGCCCUCGGCGUACACUCGUGAUCUCAUCCACGUGUGCACACUAACGACCGAUCUCAAUGCGGUACCGAGGAGCCUGUUCACACGGUUGACGACAACACGCGGUGUGGAAUUCGACAACCUUGAUUUUACACUCGAGAUGAUUGUCGACAGUGCGGGCCUGGGGUUCGAGUUGAAGGUGGACGGCGUGCGGUAUGGACGCGUCGAUGCUGAGUUUCACUGA